CGUCGGCCCAACGCCGUGCCGUUGCGCUCGAGCCCGAAUUCGCCUUCCUCGCUCGUUGCGAAACCCGCGUAGCAUAGCUGUCUCCUCCGCAGAGAUAUCGCCUCCCGCCUCCCCCGCUCCCUAUAUAGCUGUCGCUGAGCUCGAGCUGCUGCUCCAUCUCCGAAUCCGUUCGUCGUUGCGUUCCACGAGGCUUGGGAGACGAUCCAUUCUUGCGCCGGUUCGUUAAGAUCGCGCUCGCCGCCAGGCUGUCAGCCUUCAUUCGCCCUUGGGCAGGGGCGCCUUUUGUUGCUGCCUCGAUCGAUUACUUAGGAGGGCAGGGUCUCAGGCAGGGGUCAGGGGAGGGGAGGAGAAUCCAUGGCGCUGUACGCGGACCUCGACGCGCUCCGGGCGUCGGCGGCCGACGUGCGGAUCGUCACCUCCGACGGCCAGACCAUCGCCGCGCACUCCUACGUCCUCGCCUCGGCGUCGCCGGUGCUGGAGAGGAUGAUCGACAGGGCGUGGCGCGGCGGCCAGUGCACCAUCCGCGUGCUCGGCGUGCCCUCGGACGCCGUCCUCGCGUUCCUCCACCUCCUCUACGCCUCCAGGGUGGACCCCGGGACCGGGGCGGAGGAGGAGGUGGUGGCGGCGCACGGGCCGCAGCUGCUGGCGCUGGCGCACGCAUACCGGGUCGGAUGGCUGAAGCGCGCGGCGGAGGCGGUCGUGUCGGCGCGGCUCACGCCGGACCGCGCCGUGGACAUGCUCAAGCUGGCGGGGCUUUGCGACGCGCCGCGGCUGCGUGCGGCAUGCGCGCGCGUGGCCGACAAGGACCUCGCCGCCGUCGAGGCCUCCGACGGGUGGCGCUUCGCCCGGCGCCACGACCCGGCGCUGGAGCUGGAGCUCCUCCAGCUGCUGGAGGACGCGUACCGGCGCCGGGAGCGGUGGGCGCGGGAGCGGGCGUCGCGGGAGGCUUGCCGGCAGCUCGCCGAGGCCAUGGACUCGCUCGACCGCAUCUUCGCCGCCGCCGACGACGCGUGCUCGACCACGGGCGGCACCGGCAAGCCGUGCGCUAGGGAGGACGACGACGCCACCUGCCAGGGCCUGCGGCUGCUGAUGCGGCACUUCGCGGCCUGCGCGCGCAAGGCCGCGCCGGGCGGAUGCGCGCGGUGCAAGCGCUUGCUGCAGCUCUUCCGCCUACACGCCGCCGUCUGCGACCGGCCGGCGGAGCAGGAGCUGGACCGGCCGUGCCGCGUCCCGCUCUGCAGCCAUUUCGCGGCGAGGAUGCGGACGGAGAAGGCGGACAAGACAUGGCGGCUGCUGGUGAAGAAGGUGGCGAGGGCCAGGGCGAUGGCCGGCCUGGCCGACAGGCGGGUGCCGGAGGUUGUGGCCAUGUCAUGGGCGAGGUACAUCGGCAGCAGCAAAUGGGCGAAAUUGAGAUGAAAAUCGGAGUCACGCGCGGAGCCGUCUCCAUCUGGCAUGCAUGAUUUCGCCGUAGCCCGAAAUCCUCCUGCAAAGUUUUGGCCGUUGGGGCUACGGCAAUGCGACGCUCGCCAUGAGUCUGGCAUGAGCCGGUCUGAACGAAAAUUUAGGCGGAGCCGGUUCAUGCAGGAUAGGAAAUGUAUAUUUUUUUUUGGAGAUAGGGAGAUUAGGACGGUAGUAUUAUAUAGAUAUUUAAUAUAUGUGUAUUCAACUUAGACUUGGUAUAUAUUAUAAGUCAGAAGCAGAUUUGUUAUUAUAAUAGUUUUUUAUAGAAAUGUUAUUAUAAUAGCUUUGCA